AUGGCGGAUGGGAAACAACAAGCGCAGAGACUCUGUGAUUUCUAUUGGCUUGUUAUGGUCACAUGGUAUACAUGUAACUGUAUCAUGGCAGCGCUCGCGAGGCAUGGGCUGAGGAAAGGGGACGAAAUUAAAUAUAGCUUUGGAAAUGUCAUGUGUAUGUUUACAGCUAGCAAAAAGCUUCUGGCCACCAAAAAUAAGAAGAAAGAGGGGCCUAGAGCUAGAACAAUUGAAUCGACAGGGGAAUCUCUUGCUUCACGAGGGUUCGUGCGGCCACAGAAACAGUACAUCCCAGAAGGUGACAUUAAGAAAAAAAUUGACGAUAUCUGUAUGUCAGUAUGGCAAGAUAAGAAACAAAUCUUGAAAGACAGCAAUCCAAUAGCAGAUUCAGAAUUUAAGUUCAGCUUGUUGGCAAAAUGCUACCAAGAAUUCCAACACGCAGUGCCAAAUUCACUCUUGCAUACAAUAGAGUCACUUGAUGAUGUAAUAAAUUUCUAUGAAACACCCGUAGAUGUGACUAUUCCAUUUGAUACAUUGAAAAAGGUGGAGCUGCCAGAGAAUCUUCAUAUUCAGUAUGAAUAUCACAGAUUUCACCCAGAAACAGACACCAUGUUUGGCGGUGUAAGCGCAUUUCCAUUAAGUUCAACUAUAGUUACUGGGCUCAGAUAUAAGAAGAAAUACAAAGGUCACAUUGCUAAACCAAAGUGGAUGUGAUUAUUGGAUGAAAUAUGACUUUUUUUUUAGUAAUGAGCAUUAAAUAGUAAAACUGCAUUAUUGGUCAAACUGCCAAGGGAUGCAAUAAAUUAUUGUUUGUAAAUAUUUUAUACUGUUUUGUGAUGUGUAUUAACAUUUGGAGAUAUUGGGGUAAGGGGGCAUCUGUAAUUACGUGAGGCAAUUUCGGCAUUUUUUCAAUUCCACAUCCCCACCUUGUGAGAUUUGGAUCGGACCCUCCCAUCCUCCUCCCCCCACCCCUACAGCCUCAUGUGAGAUUUUUCAGAAUACAUAUUUUUAGUGUAAAUAUGUUAAUCUGUGCUUAAUUGCAUUGGAUUUAUUUAAAGAACAUAAUUUGCAUAAUUAUUUUUAUCUCAGACUAGUUAAGGCUAGUAUUUAAGACACAAUGUAGACUAGAAUCAAAGUGAGGAAAUAGAACAAUAAAAUGCUUAUGUAAAAGGAA